GGCUUGGCAAAUGGCCUGGAUGCGGUCCUAUUCCCACUUACCUCGAUCUCUUUAUGUUUUCCAUUCAGAAGGUCCCUGGCCUCUCCAGAUAGAAGGACGGGGUGGGAGACCACAGUUUUCCAUUUCCUGAGAGCUCAAGGCCAUCUGAAGAGAAAAUCUUGGGCUAACGAUGCUCGCUCUUCACCAUUUUUCGUGUGUCUUCCAUUGUUUGAAACAGGGCCGGUGACCAUCUGCGGUGAAGUGACCAUCUUGCAUGGUGGAUUUCUGCUGGCAUCCAGGCUUUGUCAUCCCAAGCCGUUAUCAGAACUAGCCAAGUCUGACUGGCCUGUGGUGGGGAAACCAAUCCUGGAAGCCCUACAGGAGAUCUGUACAUCCUAUUCUUCUUAUCCACCCCAGCCCAACGCCUGGAAGAAGAAGGCAGCAGUUGUCCUCUGGUCCAAAAUCCUCCUUGCGGGUGUCUCGUCCGAUGAAAGAUGGAAGAACGAUGCUUUCUUCUCGGUGAGCAACAUGAUCCCUGAGAUCAACCAUACUGUCCUCUUUGAGCUGUUCAAGGCAGUGAAUGCACCCCGGUUUUUUACCCAGCUUCUUUUGGUGCUGCCGGAUCACGUUUGCCAAAAGGAGCUUCAGCUGUUUGUAGAGUACGUUGCUAAGGAAACAUCUCUGGCUGACGCAUCUUUCUUCUUAGAAGUUUGGUGGGAGAUUAUGAAACACAAGGAAGGUGAAGAAGAUCGGCUGACUUUGCUGUUCCAAAGCAUAUCCCACCAGCACUUUUUGGAGUCAGAUGAAAUGGGCCAACCUCCAAAGAGGUUCAAGAGCAACCCCUCUUCCAUGCCAGAGGCCUCCGCUGUCCCCAUCGUCCUCCCAAUCUUGACAGAAGGGCUGAAACUGAUCAAGGACAGCCUUGGCUCGGGCAGGAUGAAGUGUUAUGCACUUGCCAACUUAGUGGAUGUGCUGUCUGCCUUGGUGGCAACGGAUUGCAAAGUAAAGGCGUUGUCUCCCCAGGCUUACUUAGAAAAGAUCUCCUCAGUGGUGACCCUCUGGAGCAGUGACUGUGAAAACCGAUAUAACAAGAAGGACUUGGACAUGAAAGUGAAAGAGGCUGAGAGGAGCAUGAGUUUGUUGGACAUGGUCAAGUUGUCCAAUAAAUUUAUGCUCUGCAAUUUAAGCUUUCUCCAUUCCUUGUUGAAGGAGUGGUCUUCAGAGCUGCAGGUCUUCUUGAAUGACCCUCAGCAGGUCUGCUACGAAAGCUACCGGCUCCUCAUCUGCUUGGCAGCCUUGCAGAAGAAGUUGGCCGACUAUGCCAUUGUAGAGGACCAUGACCAGGAAACAGCACAGGUGAUGUUGGAUUUGGGCAAAGCCAUGGCAGACUUCCUGAAGAAGAUCAGCCCUGAGUCUUGGGGCAAGAGCACUGGCAGUGAUCUGGUGGCUUCAGUAGCCAUGGUGAUCAUUGACAAAAAGAUGGACCGACACAAAGAAAUGUGUUCUGUUUUUGCUAAGGAGAAGAGCUGGGCAUUGAGCCAGGAUUGGAUUGCUUGCCUUAUUAAGAAUAAGGAACUCUUCCAGGAUCCAGAGCUAAUCUUGAAGUUGCUGGAGACGGUAGCAUCUUUACAAUCCUCUGAUGAUUCUGCCAGAAACCAGGAGCGACAAACCAAGGUGGCCAAGAUCAUCCUUGAAUGUUACACGGAACUCUCCUUGCCAGACAAGAACAAAGUAAUUGCUGGUGUUUUGGCGACUUGGGGCAGACAAGGCCUUUCUAAGCUGAUGGCAGCAUUCUCAGAAGGAUUCCAGGAGGAACUCAACGUUGCCUUUAACCAGAUCAUCCAGAGUGCCUCUGGGGAAGGUUUUAAGAAGGCCAUACUUUCAGUGUCUCGGCUGGUGCUGCUUAACCCAGAAGGUACCAUCAAGAAGAUAAGUAGUUUAGCUAUAGCCAACUUGGGAACACAUCAGUUCUUGGCUGAGAUCCUAUGUUCUUUCCCAGCCCUGAACUUCCAAGAGUCUCAGGAUCAACCAGACGUAUCUGUCAACCUACUCCUAGAAUGUUUGAAAGAGACUGUUUGGGACCGUCUCUCCUCCCCCAAGGAAAAGGAGCAAUUCUUAGAGUUCCUAGUUCAUCUCAUGCAACCAAGUGGAACCAGCCCCCUCCUCUCCCCUGCAGAGGUGAUCCAGAGCCUGGUCUUUCCUUUCCUGAACUCCGACUCUCCCCGUAUUGAGUUGUGCUUGCAAAUUCUUGACAAGGCUUUGAAAGUACCAUCUGAACAGAGUUGGAUUCAUAUCUGCCACCCGUUUCCACUCAUCCUUUCUCUCUGCAAACUCCUUGAUGGGUUCUCACAAUAUUGGCACCAACCACAAGACCAACAUAGAUAUUCCCUAGAGACCAAAGAUUUGGUGACCACCAACUUAACGCAGCUUUGUGAUGUUCUUCUGGUGCAGAAGGAAUCCCUGUCUCCACAGUUGUGGACCCAAUCUGUGGCAUGGUUGCACAAGAAAAUAAAAGCCUUGGACUGGACCGUUGGCCUCCGCUUGAAGAACAUCUUCGGAGAACACUUCAGGAAUGAAGUCCCAGCUACUCUUUUUCAGAUCUGUAAGCUUCCAGAGGAGGAAUGGACAUCCCGCUCACUCCCAAAUUAUGGGGCAGGCAGUGGGUUGCUGGCCUGGAUGGAAAGUUGCUGCAUCUCAACAGCCUUGCGGGAACAGAUGCUUGUACUCCUCAUGGUUAACGUGGAUAACCCUGAAGAAGUCAACCUCUUCAGCAAGGGGUUUUUGGUGGCCCUUGUCCAGAUCUUUCCAUGGUGUAGCCAAAGUGAGUGGAGAAGACUUGUUCAUGUGGUCAAAAGCCUCUUGGAACGAGAAAUCCUCUAUGUUCCUUACUCCCUAGAGUAUGUCCAGUACUUGCCGUUGUUGAACUUCCGGCCUUUUGCAUAUCAUCUCCAGUUGUCUGUGCUUCUGCUGCGAACCUUCCAGUUCCUCUGCAGUUCCAGUGGUGCAACGUGGAUGCCAGCAGAGGCGUGGAAACACAUGGCAAAGCUGUACUGCCUUAGCUUAUCUGAUCUGCUGAGCUCAGUAAAGAGCAUUGCCCGUGGCCAAUGGCACUCUGUGGAAGAGAAAAACGUGACCCGGGAGUUGUCCUUUGUUUACAUCCAGAUGUUCUGCCACACUCUUCACGUGGCUGCCAUGUUGCCCAAUGAUGGGACUGGGGAACCCCUCCUGCUCCUCUCAUUAGAAAUUCUUUCACAGUAUGAGAUGCUUUAUGACAUUGAUGAAUCCCUCGGGAGUGCCCUGCGCAAGGCAAAUGAGACUCACUUCUUGGAAUCCAUCGUGGAGAACGUCACCAACAAGGAGCUUCGGACCAUGCUUCUCCAGAAGCUCCGUAAGCUCUGAGAGCUGGCUUCGGAUUUUAGUAGCACGGUACGCGUUCUGGACACCAGCACACUUGGUCGGUCUUCGACAGAAACCAAAACAGCUUUCACCAGAGGAGAGGCCUUGGCCAGAAAUCUCAGUGGGAAAUUUGCAAGAUCUAUAAUAAACCUUUAUCUCUUU